AUGAAAACCGAGAUGACAGAAGGAGACAAAUUGAUGCUGAGACUCAAAAUCGAAGUACAAGUGUUCACUUUAUGCAACGAAAUCAAAAAUCCAAAAAAGUGUUCACACUUCUUAGCUUUUGUUGAUAAAGGAAAAACGCGUAAAUUUAAAUUUCUGGUCAUGGGACUCGUUGGUAAAUCGUUAGAAGACAUUCGCAGAAAUAUUCUUUAUAAAAAUUACUCAAAACCAACAGCUAUGAAUGCCUCUCUACAAACUCUACAAUCAAUAUGGGAUCUGCAUGAUAUCGGAUACCUACAUAGGCAAUCUUUUUUUAAAAUGCUUCCUACUGUAGACAUAAAACCACAAAAUUUUGCCAUUGGACUAGGACAUGAAGAGAAUAUCAUAUACAUGCUGGAUUUUGGUAUCGCUAGGAAGUAUCGCAUUGGUGAUACAAAACAAGUAAAAGUGGCACGACUUUCGGUCAAGUUUUUGGGUACCAUACGAUUUGCAUCACGAGCAUGUCAUCUGGGAGUUGAACAAGGCAGAAAGGACGAUCUUGAAGCAUGGCUGUAUAUGGUAAGAAAGCAUAAAACAAAAAUCUUUGCUCUUUUCCUUCAUAAUUCGGAUGCGGUAAAGGUCGUACAAACUAAUCCAAGUAUCACCUUUACUCAUACACUUCGCUGUUUUUGCAAUUCAUCAAAAAAGCACUGUGGUCCGAAAGUUCAAUAA